AUGUCCUGCACUUUUCUAGCAUAUUUAUAUUUGUACCCCUGUUUAUUCCCGUUUUCAUUUUUCUUCGAUAUAAUGUUGUCUCCAACUUCCUGCUUCCCCCACAUAGUCAUUAAUACCCUACCCAAUUUGUCGUUGUCCCUAGUUAGCUCGUCAACGCGGGAUUUCCAAACGUCUUCUCUCUCGCGCAUGAUUUCAACAAUCUUGCUGUCGAUUUUCUUCGCAGCAGAAGUAUUAGCCUUGAUGAUAGCUUCAAGUCUCUUCUGUGUCAUAUGGUGGUGUGCUAUUUCGGCUUCCAUACGCGUCAUGUCUUUCUCAAGCCUCUCUUUGGCUGCCUGUUCUGCCUUGAGCUCUGCCGUAAGGACACUUUCCCGGUUCUUAGAGGCAGCCAAACGGGCCUGGAGUUCACUGCUAGGCCCUUGA